UGCAAAAACCUCCACCCUUUUUUCUCUCCUUCAUCACCCCUCACCAAACACCCAACAAUGUCGUGUAAAUCCUUCUCCCCAAAAUUCCUCCUCUUUCUCUUCCUUCUCUCAGCCAUUCCCAUAAGCAUUCUCAUAACGCUUGAAAGGGCCCCACCUUCAACACACGUGUACCAAUACCACAGCACCAGCUGGCUCAGAGAAUCUGCCACAUGGGACGAUAUCAACCGCAGAUUCAUCGUCUCAGGAUUAGAAGGUAGUGUAGGAGAAGUCAAAGUACCUGAUGAUCAUCAUGAUGAUGAUAUAUUAAAUGAAAUCACAAUCGUUAAAGACGUUGAAUUGGCUGGAAAUGCUUCUGUUGGUGUUUCAAUCGAUCGGUCGAGAAAUCGUUUGCUUGUUGUUGUAACUGAUUUGAUUGGAAAUCGUUAUAGUGGACUCGCUGCAUACGAUCUUUCCUCUUGGAAACGUUUGUUCCUUACUCACCUUACAAAACCUGGAGAUGAAAAAUCCAUGGCGGAUGAUGUAGCAAUUGAUGAAGAAGGUAAUGCAUACGUAACCGAUGCUAAAAGUAGCAAACUUUGGAAGGUCAAUGUAGAUGGAAAGUUGUUAUCUACAAUAAGAAGUCCACUUUUUACCUCUAAAGAAUGGUACAAAAAUUUGGUAGCACUUAAUGGAAUUGUGUACCACCAAGAUGGUUAUUUGCUUGUAGUUCACACAUUUUCCGGAAAUUUAUAUAAGAUCGAUUUCAAAGAAGGAGAAAAAGUUAAUUUAGUGAAGAUCGUCAAAGGAUCACUUAGAUUUGGCGAUGGAUUAGAGCUUCUAUCUCCGACUAGGCUUGUGGUCGCUGGAAAUCCUGCAGGGCGUUUGGUGGAGAGCACGGAUGGAUGGAAAACAGCAUCGGUUAUCAAAAGUUUUUCUGGUAUAAUACAUCGGUUAGCCACAUCUGCAACGAUAAAGGAUGGAAAGGUUUACUUGAAUCAUAUGAUUGGGUUGGGAUAUCCUAAGAGAAAACAUAUUAUUGUGGAAGCUGAUUUUUAUCUUAAAAAUGAAUUGGUUUAAUGUCAUAUUGAAAUAUUUAUAUUAGGGUUUUACCAAUAGGUUAUUCACUUAUUUAUAAGGAAGUUUUAAUGAUCAUUUAUUGGUUUAAACGCUUUCAUUGUAAGAAUUUAUAUUUCGAUUUUAUUUAAACAUUUACCGAUUUAACGUCUUA